GUUACACCCGGCUUCACAAUAGUUCCUCCUCCAAAACUUAACUGCUAAGUGCCUUCUUGUUUAUUCUCUUCAGACUGACACUGUGGCAGUUGACUUGAAGAGGAUUCCUGCAGAUGAUCUAAUUACAAAGCAGUUUUUUGGACCUACUUCUAGCUAGCAAAAAAAAGAAGAGAGAGGGGGGAAAAGGACUCUCGUCGCAGCAAAACUGUAAGUGCAGAUUUCUAGCUUGGGUCCUGUCAGAAUCCUGGAGUUUGCGACAACCACAGACGGAAUCUUCCAACCCUGAGACACAACGUUGCUGGACCGUGGGACUGUCCUCGCCCAUGCUGAUUUUGUAACUCCUCCCAGUAACUGUUCUUAGCACAGUGGUGACAUCUGGACUUCGUCCUUCAGCUAGUCCUUAGGACAAGCCUGAGCAUAGCGUUAUUUAUCCUUGGUUCUUCUUGCAGCACAUUGCUCAGAGCCACGCCGUAUGCCACUGACUAUUCCUCUGUCACCCGGCUUUACAGAUGGUCUUCUGACUUCUUUCCUCCAUGUUCAUGCAGUAAGCGUCACUUCUGCUUUCAAGCCAGCCUAAUCCCGUGUGCAAUCAACAGAGCCAAAGGGACUGUACUAGUCUGCUGGGUGGAGCAUCAAAACAACUGAAAAUUUCCUCAUUCUCUACUUAGCGAGAUCAUGGAAGAUCUAGAGGAAAAACUAUUUGAAGACUUUGAUAACUACUCCGAUGCCUUAGAAUAUUAUGCCCUAGAGCCUGACUUGGAGGAAAAAGUUCACUUGGGGGUUGCUCACUGGGUCUCUCUGGUGUUGUGUUGCUUAGCCUUUGUUCUGGGAAUUCCGGGAAAUGCUAUUGUCAUUUGGUUCACAGGAUUCAAGUGGAAGAAGACUGUCAGCACUCUGUGGUUCCUCAAUCUGGCUAUUGCAGACUUCAUUUUUCUUCUCUUCCUACCCCUCUACAUCUCCUAUGUGGCCAUGAAUUUCCACUGGCCCUUCGGCAGCUGGUUAUGCAAGGCCAAUUCCUUCAUUGCCCAGCUGAACAUGUUUGCCAGUGUUUUCUUCCUGACAGUGAUCAGCCUGGACCGCUACUUUCACUUGAUCCAUCCUGUCUUAUCUCAGCGCCACCGAACCCUAAAAAACUCCCUUCUGGUGACUCUCUUUGUUUGGCUUUUGGCUUUUCUAAUGGGCGGUCCGACCCUAUACUUUCGGGAUGUUCUGGAGUCUAAUAAUCACAUUCUUUGCUACACUAAUUACCAUGAGCAUGAUCCUGACCUGACGUUGCUAAGGCACCACAUUCUGACCUGGGUGAAAGUCACCGCGGGCUACCUCUUCCCCUUGUUGACAAUGAGUGUGUGCUACUUGUGUCUCAUCUUCAAGGUGAAGAAGCGAAGCACCUUGGUCUCCAGUAAGCAUUUCUGGACAAUCCUGGCUGUCGUUACGGCCUUUUUGAUUUGCUGGACUCCCUAUCACCUGUUCAGCAUUUGGGAACUCACGAUUCACCACACUGGUUCUUUCCAUCAGGUGCUGCAGGCUGGAAUCCCCCUAUCCACUGGCUUGGCAUUUCUCAAUAGUUGUCUGAAUCCUAUCCUUUAUGUACUGAUUAGUAAGAAGUUCCAAGUGCACUUUCGGGCAUCGGUUGCUGAGAUACUGAAGUACACACUCUGGGAAGUCAGCUGUUCAGGCACCGUGAGUGAACAGCUCAAGAACUCUGAAACCAGGACCCAGUGUCUCCUGGAAACGGCCCAAUGAAACAGCACUCUCGCCCAAAUCGGUAUCAGGCUUUUGUGGGGCGGGGGGGCCCUGACAGAUGCUGUCAGAUUAUUUGCUUCCCAGAUAUACAGCUGACCUUAAUUUGUUAAUGUUUUAGUCAGUUUAUUGGCAACCCAUUUCUAACCCCCACAAGUUAAAAACAGACUUCUCUUUAUUUUCCCCUUUUCUCAGCAAUUUAAAUGAUGAGUCAUUCUUGCCAAGUAUACAGUGGAUGCAUCAGUAAAUAUUGUUGAGGCAAUAUUAGUUAUUGUUUGUCAAUCUUUCCUUAAACUUAUAAAGCUCUCAUGACAUAGAUGAGGAAGGGACUUAAAACAUGUUAUUAAAGUAUAUUUAUGUAUGUUUAAGAGUGGGUCCCACUGAGGGCUAGAGUGAUAAUAUAAAGGGUAGGGUGUUUACUUUGCAUGUGACCGACCCAGUUUUGAUCCUGGCAUCCCAUAUGGUCCCAUGAGCACUGCCAGGAGUGAUUCCCGAGUGCAGAGCCUGGAGUAAUCCCCGAGCAUCACCAGAUGUGAGCCCCAAACAAAAACAAAACCAAAAAAAACAGACUGAGUGUGAGGGAUUGAACCCAGGGUCUCAGACAAGUGAAGUAUAUACUCUACCACUGAACCUUAUCCCUGGAUAUCUUUAAAAUGGGCUGGAGCGAUAGCACAGUGGGUAGGGCGUUCGCCUCUCAUGAAGCCAACCCAUGUUCGAUUCCUCCGCCCUUCUCGGAGAACCCGGCAAGCUACCGAGAGUAUCUCGCCUGCACAGCAGAGCCUGGCAAGCUACCCAUGGCGUAUUUGAUAUGCCAAAAACAGUAACAAUAAGUCUCACAAUUAAGACGUUACUGGUGCCCGCUCAAGCAAAUCUAUGAGCAACGAGAUGACAGUGAGUGGCAUCCUUAAAAUGAAACGAGUGUAAUUAAUUUCUUUAGUCUGUGUAAUUAUUUAUAUAAUGAUACUUAGACAUUGAAUUUAACUAUUUUUGAUUAUGUGUAUCUGGGAGUGAUCCCUGAGUACAGAUACAGGAUUUAAUCCUGACAGCCAGGUGCAACCUUCCCCCAAAAAUCUGCUCCCAAGUCUAGUUAAAAUAACAAUCAAUUUUUUUGUUAUUACUAUUAUUAUUGUUAUCAUUAUUUUAAAAACUCACAACUCUGAUGGUCAAACAGAAGAAAAUAUUAUCUCUCUACUGCAUAAAUAUCUGGAGCCUCAGUGAAACUGGAAAGACCCAAGUGGCGGGAGCUUGGAAUAGCGGGACAUUGGCUGAGCAGGUCCCUCCCUCCCUUGUAGAUCUUUCUCUUCUCCCACACGUGUCUCUUCCUCACUCUUUCUUCUCUUCUUUUUCUGUACAGUUAUUCUAACAUGGCACCUCAGGGUAGCCAGACAAGAGAUCAAAUGGAUGUUUCUACGCCCCUUAAAGGCUAUGCCUAGGGCUGGAGCGAUAGCACAGUGGGUAGGGUGUUUGCCUUGUAUGUGCCCGACCCUGGUUCGAUUCCCAGCAUCCCAUAUGGUCCCCUAAGCACCGCCAGGAGUAAUUCCUGAGUGCAUGAACCAGGAGAAAACCGUGCAUCGCCGGGUGUGACCCCAAACCAAAAAAAAAAAAAAUGAAAUGAAAUAAAAUAAAAAGGCUAUACCCAACUCUUGAUUCAGUAUUACUUCCACUGUACUCCAUUAGUCAAAGCAGUCACCUGACAGCUCAGAUUCGUUGCAAAGGGGCACAGACACCACCAAUCAGUGGGAAAUAUGCUUCUAUUUUUAAUCUCCUUGACGUCAUGACAAUUAGAUCUAGUUUGGCAUAGUUUAGUAUACCCCAAACUUUCAUCACCCCCAGACUUCAUGGUCUCUGCCUUCUUGGUCCUCAUGGGACAAAUCCUAGAUCCCGUGAUCAGGAGAAAAGCUAAAGAAUCCAAGGAAGAAAAAGGAAUCUCAGAGUUUUACUUGCUUAGCCACAAAAUAACUUUGAUUUUUACCAAUUUUAUGUGUAUUUGAAUCACCUCCUCAUGUAAUUUAGCUUUUUGUAUUUUAAUAGCAUCUUACUGUGGUAUUUUGAAUGAAUCAUUUUAAACUCCUAGGCUGCCCAGCGCUAAUGCUGAAUAUGAAAAUUAACAAGAUUUUAGUCAUUGGAAUCACUUAGGAGGCUUGCGAAAAUAUUGUGCUCAAUUAUCUUUUUCUUUUUAACUUUUUUAUUGAAUCACUGUGAGCUAGACCAUUACAGGGCUGUUCAUGAUUGGAUUUCAGUCAUACAGUAUUCCAACACCCAUCCCUCCACCAGUGUACAUUUCCCAGUACCAGUAUCCCCAGGUUCCAUCACGCCCACCCCCCCACCCCCACCCCCCCUGCCUGCCUCUAUGGCAGGCGCUUUUCUUCUCUCUCAAUUAUCCUUUUCUAAAUUACCCCCCCGUAAAUUUUUUGGUUUGGGGGGCCACAUCUAAGCUGUGCUCAGUGCUAGCUCCUGGCUCUGUGCUCAGGGUUUAUAUGUGGUGCCAGGGAUCAAGCCCAAGCUGGCCAUCUGCAAGGCAGAUGCCCUCUUUUGUACUAUUUCUCCCUCCUCAGACAAUCUAUUAUUUUAUGUGUGUCUAUGCCUCUGAGUUCUUGGGCUCAAAAACAGCUGCGUCUGUAUACUGUCGGACAUAUUAACAUGUGAUGUUAAUACGAGUACUGUUCAUGACAGCAAGACCAUGGAAAGUGACCGAGAGAGCCGAAGGACAGGUUAAAAUAAGACGAUGGAUUAUGUAACUUUAAAAAAUGGUUGUAUGUUUCUAUGUACUGGUAUGGAAUAUUUAAGAUAUAAUUUCCAAGAUAUUCAAGCCUGUUUCUAGGGACCAAAUGCGAAGUGCAGAACAGUUAUGUGUUAUAUGUUACAGCAGUCUUGGCAUAUGCUUAGAUUAAUUCUGAGAAAUAUAUAAGAACCUGGUGACAUUGUGUUUAUGAAGGUGAACAGAAAGCCAGGAAGACAAAAAGGACUUCAUUAUAUAAUCUCUCAAAUUCUAAACUAUGUUAAUGUAUUAUUUUAGAAUAUGAAAUUAUCAUUAAAUAUUUUAUCCCAGGCCCUGGACUCUAAA